AUGGAUGGUGUCUUUUUUGCCGUGCUGUUAUUCUUGGUCCACCCCGCAGCAGCUGUUUCUACCAAUGAGCCCCGUAAUGGUGCUUGUCGUGAUAACAGAGAAGAAUUUGGUUUUGCGUUAAUUGGUCAUGACUAUAAAUCCUUCCACGCUGACAAUUUUGGUCGCUGCUUUUUUAAGUGUAGCAUUGAUGAAAUAUGCCAAAGCGCAACGUUUCUCUGGAACAGUAAAGAAUGUAAAAUGAAGAACGAAACAAAGAGAUCAAGACCAGCAGAUUUUGUGGAAAAUCCAGCUGCUACGUACAUGGAAAAUUCUUUCCGAGGUAUGAUGUGUCUUGUAUAAUGAAGAACCGCUAGAGCUAGUUUUAACUGAGGAAGUGAUGAAGAAAAAAACCGAAAACUUUUCUACGAACUGCGGAUGUGGUUAAAACUUUAUAUAAGCUAAUUUCCUUGUUUUGAACUGCGCUUUACUUAGUGUGCAAAACUGACUUCAAAGGUGGCGGUGAUUUUCACUUGUGGCCAAAAAAGAGGUAACUAAGGCCCCGUUUGCAGUCCCAAUGCUUUUAAUAGCGAUUUUGAAGACUCUAAGUUUGUCUUGAAACAUCCCCCUGUCUCAUCGCGCAAAACGAUCAUUUGAAGCCGAAAUUGUCCCUUUAUUGUCGUUUUGCGAUGAAACGAGGACGGUGAGCCCCAUUUUUAUUUGUGGUUUUUACUCGUCAUGGCUACACAAAAAAUAUAUAUUAAGGAGAUAAAGAUCUGGGCAGUAGAAGUUGUGUUUUUCAAGUUAGAUAUGAAUGACGCGAAACGUUGUACUUAGAGCCACAGAAAAACAAACGGGCUCUAGGUUUUAAUAAAAUUCUUAAUUUUCAAUAUAUGAUGAGAAUUUUUGUCGGUCGUUCAAGUUUCCGAAUUUGGAGCGCAACUAGGAAAAAACACUCAGAACUACGGGCACACAGGGCCAAAAACAAGCACGGUGACCACAUCUUUUUAUUGCAGGUUUUUAAUGUCUUUUAUAUGGCUGACAAUUCAGUGCCAAAUUUAAAGAAAAUCUGCAUAGUACAUCCUAUUUAAGAGAAUUGCCUUAAGGCGGCCAGCAAGUACUUCGUCAAAUUAUGAUAUAAGAAAUAAAUUUCAAAGCACCUUUUUUGUCCGUGAAUAAUUCAGUCUAAUUACUUUGCAAUCUGUUAGAGGACACUUCACGCAAGUCAAGAUUCUAGUGUGAAUCGUAGUCAUACUAUGCCGAAUAUAACUCGGAUCCUAAAUAAAGCUCUCAUAGCCUUUACGACUGGUUGCAGGCCUCAACCGGUACGUAUUUCACCGGAUAUAAAUUGGAAAAAGAAUUCAGAUACACCGACUCGGCGCCUCAGCAGCCCGGGGGAGGUACUUUAGGAAUUUCUGUGUGGGGAUGUGCCGCUGGGACCCUGGAACCCUUAAUCUAUACCAGAACUAGUUCAGCUAAAUUUUGCUACUCUAUACUGAGUAAACUCCCCAUUUCCCUCCUAUCCUAAAGUAGCUGUUUCCCUAGUCUAGAUAAAAUAUUCAACCAACUGAUCAGUUUCCUGAAAAAUCAUACCCUAUUCUAGACCCAAACGCUCUGAUUUAUAUACCCUAUCCUAGAGUAAACUGCUUGAAAACCAUACCCUUCACAGCGGCACAUACCCAUGCAUAUAGCCCAUAUAUGGCAGUACUCUCUUCCCCGGGCUCAGCAGUUCAGUUUUGCCCUGUUUUCGAGAUGUCAUUAUUUUUUUGUGAAUAACAUCUCAAAUGGUACAACUCAUUCUUCUUUACGUGUAAUCAAGCAGUAUCACUGGAAACACUUUCUUUAGGAGCGUUUUUUUUUCUUCAAAUGGUACACGGCGCUCAUGCAAGAUCUAAAGCGACGUUAAUUGUCUAUUGUCACUGAAUGCAACAGCGUACUAUCUCAUGUUGUUCAGCCGAGAUAUAAUUUGAUCAUUGUUUUCUCGCAGCAAAGAAAGGUUCUAAGGCUUUGGUGCCAGGAACUUCCUGUAAAGACAUCUUGGAAAGUGGUGACGCUCAGGGGGAUGGUGAGUACUGGAUUGACCCAACAGCCUCAGGGGACCCCUUUAGAGUGUAUUGUGACAUGGUUACUGAUGGAGGUAAGUUCAAAUCACUCCCUUCCUUUCAAACCAGUUGAGAACAGGGAACUCGUUUUACACGAAACGGGGCAGCGUCACGAUAAAGAAUAUGUAAUGUCACUCUUUCCAGCUAGUAGUCCCAAGGCAUAAUACAGUGUGCUUAACACGAUAUAUGGGACAUCAAUUGGACAUCCAUGUUAUGGUCAAUUGACAGCUGUCAGAAAAGAGCAUCUGCUGACCAGAGACGCAUGACUGUAUCGCGUGUUCAGAUGUACAGUUUCGAGUUUUUCUCCGAAAGCCACAUCGAGCUAUAAUUUUUAGACAUAAAUUGAAGUUUAUGCUCUUUCUAUAAUCAGAGGUUUUAUUUCAUUAGCUUUAUGAGUUAAUGAUCAGCAUACGUUAAUGGGCCAAAAAAAUUUAAACAAAGAUUCCCCUAUAAGCCUGUCUAAAAUAUUAUGAUAACAGGGGGUGUUUCUUGGUGUUGCGGAAACCAUAUUUUUCAUGAUUCCAUAUUUUCUAUCAUUCCAUUAGUUUCCUUCAUAUUUUUUUACUUAGGUGGAUGGCUUCUUAUUACUCAGUACAUAGAGGGAAACCCUUCUGUUCUAGUUCAAUUGAACUCCUACAGAGAAAUCCUUCCCAAGUACUCUAUCAACGAGCAUUACUUACUACGAAGCGGCUUUAAUCAGCUUAAACAGGACAUGGGCUUCAGUCAGAUCCGGUUUUACUGUUUUAAGAAGACGAGUGGCCGUGUGGUUCAUAUCAUGACUAGCAACGAUUCCAUGGGAAAUGACGUGGUGAAGUUUUUUACAACUUCCAACAAUUUACCUCAAGCUUGUGGUUCUUUUUGGCGCCUUCCAGAUGACAACUCAUCUCUGGCUGUCAAUUGUCACCAAUGGGGGUCCCCUAAAAAAAAUAAAUGGGGCCACAAAACACAAGGCUUGACAAGUGAUCGCCUCUAUAGAAAGCCGAUGGUAUGGUCAAACACACGCUUCUUUCGCUUUACAUUGGGUAACGGCCUCUGUUGUGACGACAAUGGCUUGUCGGAAAAUGUCGGCAGCCAUGGUGAUAAGUGGCAAAUUUUUGUGAGGUAG